CACUCCUCCUUACACGUGUUCAACAUGGCGUCCAAGGCAGAGGAAGAAGAACCAGAGAGUGUGGGAGACAACGGCGGAGAGGAGACUCGUAUCAGUGUCUAUAGUAAAGAAGAAAGAAGGAUAGAAGAAGAAGGGGCACUGCUCGUUCAGAAAGCUUUAAACGAAGCCAUCAUCGCCUCAGGAAUGGGUGACUUAGCUUUGGGUGAUGAAACAGAGAGUGAAAACUCUCUCGAGUCAAGGCGUAAGAAAGAGGAGGAGAGAAAACCAACAAAAUGGCUGACCAUCACGGAAAUCUUUCAAAACUCUGCCUCAGUUCUCUCACCAGGCGAACUAAUCCACGAACCUUCCUUUAGUCUCUACGACGCAAUGUCAGCCAUAGAACUCACCGAUCCGAAAAUGGAUGCCAUCGUCCAGUGGGAUUCGUUUCCUGGCUACCCCCGUUCUUUCCAAGAAGCUUUCGCGAAAGGUCGUGUGAAGGUGAAAGGUCAUUCGCCGAGGGAAUUGAUUGGGAUUUUCGACGAAAUGCUUGCAUGUUAUGCCACCUGGUUGAAGGGACACACUCUGGCUCAAACCGUAUUCACGUGUCUUUAUCUACUGGACACUGAUCAGGUGGAUAAUCUGUUUCUAAGAGCAUUCUCGGUUGCCAUGGUGAGGAUGGUGGAGUAUACAAGAGAACUGCUAGCAAAAGGAGGAGUUUAUGCUGAAGAGGAUCAACAAGUUAUAUGCAUUGGGCUGAACAUGCUAAAUAAAGUGAGUGACGAAACAGUACUAUCAACCCUCAAGGCUUCAAGGGAGAGACUCGUGAGUAUCUCAAAGAACUCGAUAACAUCAACAGCUAUUAAAGACAGAGAGAAUUCUCCAGCACUUAUCGAGGGUCCUCCAUCAAUUAACUCUAAGCUUAAUAAAGACUGGGACAAGCCAUACGUAGAGGCUCUUCUCCAACGAGUUAAAUUUACUCGCUCUCUUUUUCUCAUCGUGUCCUCUUUAAAAAGACGCACUAGAGAAGGUAUUAAUUCCAGUGAGGGAGAGUUGGGGCAUUGUCGAAGUUUUUUAAAUGCUAUUUCCUCGACGCUUGAUUUAGGAGAAACCUUAGACCCAAGGGACCCGCUACAGCUUGGGUUUCAUCCACUCAUCAACCAGCACCUACUACCUCCUAGUUACAGGGAGUAUGGGAUAAUGACACGUGUGGAAUCUAUCACAAUGAUAUCUCAGAUUUUAUCAGAUUUUUCGAGUCUUUAUAAAAUAGGUCGUCAGAGUAGCUUGAUCGAUUUAUUUUCUUCCCUCAUUUCCCUCUCUACUGCUAGCUCCAGCCCAAACGUCCUGGUUAGAUCAGCAGUGGCGAGCUUGUGUUUAGGCAAUGAUCGAACGAGUCUUUUUGGAUCAAAGUCACUCCAGUCGAUGGUCAAAGACGAGGUGAAAGUCUUGUUCAACCCACCCUCCCUCAACCCUCGCUCCCCUCUCUCGACCACGCCCCUAGUUAACGACCUCGUUGAACGUUUCCUUGGCAACCUAUACAUUCCAUAUUCCGAACUCCUUCGUAUCUAUUGCUCCCACAGAGCCUGCCAGAGAUCAAUGAUAUCGAAAUAUUUGGGCGGAGUCUGCGAGAUACAGCACGAGUCUGAGAGUGUUGAUCAGCAGCUUCAUUCCCUUACUCAGCAGCUGGACCCACAGAGACAGCAUCUCUCCUGCUACUGUACUUGGCUGGUCUACUACGUUGCACAUCUUUUUGUCGACUAUGUCAUUCUCGGCUUCGAGUAUAACUUGUAUAAUGUUUACGAGUAUCAUUACGUGUUCUGGUAUCUCGAAUAUUCUUACGGUUGGAAGCAAAUGACUCUUAAAACGGGAGCUAAACUUCUUUCCCAAGAGCCUCAGGCUUCAUCGAAAAACAAGAAGAAAGUGAAGGGGAAGAAAAAAGAGAUACCGAGAGAGAGAGAAGUUGAAGUCAAUUUCCUCCAGGUUAAGAGACUCCUUUGCAUUGGGAUCAUGAGAGGAUAUGAGGCUCUUGUUCUCGAUGGCAAGAUCAAGCGCCCGGACUUUGAAUUCGGGAGCGAAGAGCUGAUAUUUACAAAUCGUUUUCUCCCAUUCACCAACGUCCUUACCCCACAGCCACUGACAUACACCAAUUACUGUGAUCUUGUUGGAAUCGAUCAACACAAAGGGACGAAACUGAAUCUGUACGAAGUCGCUGCCCGCCAGUUCACUACUGCUAAAGUAGCACUGGAGUCUUUAAAUCUCGGAGCAGACGAAGAGGCUGUGAGUCUUCUAAAGGUUAUUAAAACUAAUUUGGUGGUUAUGAAUUUGGCAGCGACAGGACAUAAGAGGGAUUCUAAGGCUCCACCUUCUUGGGAUUUCUCAAUUCAUAGAGUGUUUCCUAUAAUUAGAAUAAAUUGAUUAUUAUUAUUAUUAUUAGUAUUAUUUUUAACAAUAAUAAUAACUAAU